CGAGGAGUGAACCGUACCAGUUUGCACAUGUAUUCACUAUGUGUAUCUGAAUAUAACUCAUAUAAACAGGCCACGCGCGCAGAUUCCCCUGACACUCUGUCUCUCUCUCUCCCCUCCUCUCUGUCUCUCUCGUCUUCAUCGACGAUCGAUUCCAGCCGAUAACCAGUCAAUUAUCGCCGUUCGCCAUGGCAGCGGUGAUCGAAUCCGCUUGGUCGUAUCUUAUUACUCAUUUUAGUGACUUUCAAUUGGCUUGCCUUGGUAGUUUCUUUCUUCAUGAAAGUGUCUUCUUCUUGUCCGGGCUUCCCUUCAUAUUAUUUGAAAGGGCUGGAUGGCUGAGCAAGUACAAGAUCCAGACAAAGCACAACACACCGGCAGCUCAAGAAAAAUGUAUCACUCGCUUGGUUCUGUAUCACUUUGGGGUUAAUCUCCCAGUAAUGAUUUUAUCCUACCCUGUCUUUAGAUACAUGGGGAUGCGAAGUAGCCUUCCUUUGCCAUCCUGGAAGGUGAUUUUAACUCAAAUAUUAUUCUACUUUAUACUGGAAGACUUUGUGUUCUAUUGGGGACAUAGGAUUCUGCAUACAAAAUGGCUAUACAAGCAUGUCCACAGUGUCCAUCACGAGUAUGCAACACCAUUUGGAUUGACUUCUGAAUAUGCUCACCCCGCUGAAAUUCUCUUUCUUGGAUUUGCAACAAUAAUUGGUCCGGCAAUCACUGGCCCUCAUCUCAUCACACUAUGGCUGUGGAUGGUACUUAGAGUCAUUGAAACAGUUGAGGCACAUUGUGGUUAUCAUUUCCCAUGGAGUCUCUCUAAUCUCUUGCCUUUAUAUGGCGGGGCUGAUUUUCACGACUAUCAUCAUCGACUGCUGUAUACGAAGUCUGGGAACUACUCAUCAACAUUUGUUUAUAUGGACUGGGUAUUUGGGACUGACAAGGGUUACAGAAAAUUGAAGGCCCUUAAGAACGGUGCAAGUGAAGCAGAGUGCAAAAAGAUGUAAGAUGAACAAAGUAUGCAACUCUGUACAUUUACUCGAAUGCAUCUUGUGCGCUACUGUACUCUUUUGUGCCAGUUCAUGUUUUUAACGUAAAAAGCCGUUUGAGCUCUGUUUUUUAUUCAAUCUUUUCCCCAUUCCCACCUUGUAUAUGGAUGGAUGUUCAGUUUUAUCCUAUCUCUUCUUUGCUCGAUCUCCCCUUUAACUUUCAAUAUUUGUGACUGUGGAAUGACACAUUAUUUGGAGUUCUCCUGUGAUCAAUUCUGCUCCCAUUGUGGUUUCUGAAGGAACCUUCAGAUUCCCUACAAAGAAUUUUAGUGUCUGAUAUGCUUU